UGCAUGAUGGCGACGGUUUCACUCGCCUCAGAAAGGUGAAGUUCAACCUCAACUGUGCUUUUUUCCGUGACCCCAACGCCUUAAAUUUCGCGUCCAUCCCUUCUUCCACCUUCGCCCAGUUCAUAUUUAUGUGCCAUCUACCCAGUCCAGCAUGAACAUUGCAGUAUAGCAGAGUCUCAAGAUCGAUCAAGGGCCGCUAAAAGAUGCCCAUGGAGGCCAAGUCUACCGUCGCAGCCGUCUUCUUCCUCCUCCUCCUCCUCUCUUCGCCUCACUUUUCCACAGGGAACAUGAAUGGAUCGGACGAUUCGGAGGUGUACGACAUAGACUAUAGAGGUCCCGAGACUCACUCUUCUACGACCCCUCCGCCCACUCAUUUUCGCCAGAGGCCGUGGAGCCGCCAGAGAAGUACCAAGCCGCCGCCUGAAUUCAAGAACUUAAAGAGUACCAAUACAAAUCAACGAACUUGAAACAAGUUCAUGGCUUUUCAUCAUGUGACGAGUGUCAGGAUGUCUUGUUGUGGGAAUGUAGAGGCAGAGGGUCGUUCGGAGACGUGGAGAUCCAAGAAGUUCCCUCCCUCGAGGUCUUAUUCUUGGGAGAUGGAAAGACAGAUGAAUAUAGUAUUUUCAAGAAUUGUUUAAUGUUUAAAUGAGUGACUUUUUGUGUUGUGUGGUUAUAGAUUUUGUACUGGGGAAGCUAUAGGCUCAAGGGAUCUUUUCCAUUAAGAAACUCUGCAAUGUAAUUCAUGAAACUCUCCUCUAGUUACCCAAUGUCAAAUUUUGCAUUUUCCCCUCCUUAA